UGUAUGCAUACGGUCAUUUGAAAUAGUUUCGGUAAGAAAGCUUCUAUGAGGCAAAAAGCUUCUGGUGUAAACAUCUUCUUGAUGUCUGACAUUGUUUGGAACUCAGAAGAUUGAUUUUAGGUGGUGUCCACGAACGCAGCAGUGGACAGGCUCUGUAUGGCCUGUAUUUCCGCUGACGUCAGAGCAGCAACAGACGCGCCCAGUUGGUUCACUUCGACCUGAGUGAACAAACCGUGACUUUAAAACACCAGUCAUGGAGUCUGAGGAGGACGUCUGUGCCUUCUGCCGAAUCGGGGACAGCGACACGGACACAGAGAUCCUGCUGAGUGACGAGCAGCUGCUCUGUUUCCGGGACGUGAAGCCUGGAGCCACUCACCACUACCUCAUCGUUCCCAGGAUGCACAUCGACAACUGUAAAACUCUGCAAGGAACCGACGUCCCUCUUGUGGAGCAGAUGGAAAACAUGGGGAGGAGGAUACUGGAGAAGACUAAAGUCAGCGACCUGGAUGACGUCAGGAUGGGUUUCCAUAUUCCUCCGUUCUGCUCCGUCCCACACCUCCACCUCCACGCUCUGGCUCCAGCCAGUAAGAUGAGCUUCAAGUCCCAGCUGCACUACGGGCCACAGUCUCACUGGUUCAUCACAGUAGAUAAAGUGCUGUCUCAGCUGAAGACUCGCGGGAAGGUCAAAUGAAGAGAAACAAAGCAUCAACGUUUACAUGUUAUUUCCUGUCAUGUAGCUUCGCUCAUUUUAAUUUUAAAUCACUUUUCUAUCUGACUCAACAUUGUUUUUUUAUUAAUGAGUUUAAAUGAUGCGUAGCCGUCCACAUUGCUUGUGGAUUCAGUUGGUGAAAGCUGGAGAAGGUCGAUCUUUCCGUGCACCAUCAAAUGCCAUUUGGUGUGACUAUCAACACAUCAACGAGGGGAGAAUUAUAUUUUAUCAGAUGAUCUAUCUGAUAUCUUCAUGGUUUGAAAAUCCCAUAUUAGAAGCAAUUUAAUUGUUUGUCUUUUUUUACCAUAAAUUUGUUUUUCAGGAAGGAAAAUUGAACAAACCUCACAAACCUGUUGUCAGUUUUCUUUGUUUCUUUGUUUUUAUGAAGUAUGUCAACUGCUUAUACUUUUGAUAUCAUGUCAUAACCUGUCUGAUGCACUGAGAUAAAUGUCUCUUAAUAAUAUUAUAUUAAUUCUUAAUAAACGCUCUUGAGAAGCUGCAA